UUUGUUAAUUUGAUUAUUAUCCACCGGUAUCUACCGCGGUAAAUGAAAUACUUCACUUUGACAUUUCAGGAUACAUUUUCGUGUAGCAUGUUUUGUCACGCGGUGGGUGCGUUCAGUGCUGCCGUUGUUGCAACACUUUGUGAACGCACCCCAGAAAUGUCAGUUUGACAAAUGGUCACCAGUGAACGUAUCCCAGAAAUGUCAUCUUGACAACUGGAUUUUGAUGUUUUGUUUUCCAACCGGGGGUUUUGUUUGCGCCACCAGAUUCGGUGAGUAUUUUGAAAUUCGUUUUUAUAUUUUCCUGAGUAGGUAAAUGAUGUGUCCUUCUCCACCCAGCGCUGAAGCGUCCUUGGUCGACUGGAGGAGAGCAGAGAUGGUCCGGACUGGCCGGCCGAACAUCUUUUCCGCCAGAGACUUGCCACCGAGGUCGCCGAUUGGGAUCGAGCGGUACACUUGCAAAAGCGUCUGCAGUGCUUCCUCAAGUGCCCAGCGUUGGAGUCGAUUCGCGGUGUGCAGUGGAUUUCCCUUCUUCGAGCGGAAGAUGGACAGAAGCGGCUUGUGGUCAGUCUGCAGUGUAAAAUGUCGUCCCAGAAGGUUGUCCGUAAUUGCGCUCAGCGAGUGUGAGCGACCUUGACGCGUGAUAAACUGCCUUGAGUCAGCCAUCAGGGAACUGAUGUAGAAUGACGGCCCCGAUGCCGGUGCUCGACGCGUCCGCUGCAACGAUGAUCGGCAG